CCAAAAUCAAUGGGGCAAAUGCCGGGGAACAUUUGCUCGAUUUUAUUGACAUAAAAAAGAAGUACAAACGAAGAGGAAGAUUAUACCAAAAACCUCUUCAGAAAGAGUAUCUCCUAUCAAGCUACAAAGAAUAAGCAAAAAGAAGGAAGAAACUAAAGUAAAAAUUGGGGGACCAAACCUUACCCAAUUACUACAAAAAGCCAAAGAGAAAAGGAAAUUAAAUAAAUCUGAAAGAUGGCAACCCAAACAGGUCCAUGAAAUAAGGAUGUUUUCUUUUGGACUGUUUUCAGUCCCAGACCAGACCAGACCAGACUUAAACAGAUCAGACCAGACCAGACCAGACUUAAACAGACCAGACCAGACCAGACCAGACUUAAACAGACCAGACCAGACCAGACCAGACUUCCGUAGUUAUAAAAUACACAGAGACCAGACGUUUACCAGACCAGACCAGACCAGUUCAGACCAGACCAGACCAGACUUAAACAGAUCAGACCAGACCAGACCAGACUUAAACAGACCAGACCAGACCAGACCAGCAAAUUUCAGUCCAAAAGAAAACAUCCUAAGCAUGCUUAGAAGCAUUUGGUAAAUCAGAUGGGCCAUGGUAAAUUUUCAGCCCAGAUACCUUUUCCUCCGCGAGAAAGUGAGCGGCCCAGUUGCCCUCAUGCAUAACAUGUCUGAAGCAGACAUUCUUUCUAACCUGGACAUUGUUGUCUGAAGCUCAUCUUCCCACCUGCGAUUUCCACACCCUUCCACAAUGGAUAAAGCCUUCAUCGAGUCGGUCUCAACCUGAAAAGAUUGAUACCCAACUGUAAUCGCCCAACGUGAUGCAAAUAAAAGUGCUCUCAGUUCAGCUUCAACAGGCGAAGUAGCCUCGAUCUGGAAUUGAAGACUGAAGACCAUCUUCCCC